AUGCCAGACUUGAGAGGAAAGGUAGCCAUAAUCACAGGUGCGAGUUCUGGCAUCGGGAGGGGGACAGCUGUGGAAUUUGCUCUCCUGGGAGCGCACAUGACUCUGACUGGGAGAAACCAGGAAAACCUACAGGCCACAGCAAAGGCCAGUGUGGAGGCAGGGACUCCAGAAGACAAGAUUCUAGUUGUAACAGGAGACAUCUGUAAUGAUGAAUUAAGGAAAAACCUGGUGGAUCAGACUGCACAGAAGUUUGGCAGGAUCGAUGUCCUGGUAAACAAUGCCGGCAUCUUUACGUUUGGUUCUAUAGAGACAACAGACAUGGCGGUCUAUGACAAGAUGAUGGAUGUCAACGUUCGCAGUGCGGUCAGACUGACUCAGUUGUGUGUUCCACAUCUCACAAAAACUAAAGGUGCCGUUGUAAAUGUGUCCAGUAUAAAUGGAGUACGAUCGAUGUCAGGAUGUCUUGCGUACAGCUUAAGCAAGGUAGCACUGGACCAGUUAACAAGAUGUGUGGCACUUGAGCUUGCUUCCAAGCAAAUCAGGGUCAACUCUGUCAACCCCGGCGUGAUCCCGAAAGACAUUUUCAAACGCGGAGGAAUGACUGACGAGGAAAUUGUUCAGUUGAUGGAACAUUGCAAGUCUACCCACGCACUGGGGAGGGUCGGAGAGGUUUCCGAAGUUGCGAAGACCAUCGCCUUCCUGGCCUCGUCAGACGCGUCCUUCAUAACCGGAGCCCAGGUCCCCGUGGACGGCGGGAAACACGCCAUGUGUCCUCGUUAA